AUGACAUUCGCUCCCUAUUUCCGGUACUCAACAGGCGAAAUCGCGACUGCCGAGGCCGCUAAGUCGUUUUCAUGGGAAGCGCCUGUCCCAGUGAACCGUUUCUGGGACAGCUUCAGUUACUGUAUUGCCCGGAACUUUUUAGGCAACUUUUCAGAUUCUGAACUGGAGCAGCUAGCCCUGGACCCAGCGGGAAUAGAUCCUGAUAGUACCGCAGAUCAGCAGACGAAGCUUUAG